AUGGGGAUGUGGCUUGAAGAAGGUAUCGGAGAAGGUCGCCUAGUCAAAGAAGCCAGUUCAUCACUAUCUAGUGGUGGCAUCAAAAGAUUUGGUAGUAGCUUUGCCAAGAAAAAGGAAGAAACUAUGAGUGCCAUCUCAAGAGGAAGAAAAAGACGGUAUCAACCACAACAAAUUGCUAUUGUAACUCCAGUUUUUAGCCAAGCUCCGCCUCAGAAUGUGCAGAAGCCUCAGCCUCAACAGCCUCGACAACAGGCUCCUCAACAAAAUCAACAAAGGAAACAUCCGCCUUUUGAUCCUAUUCCGAUGACUUAUACAAAAUUACUUCCUUUGCUAGUUCAGAAGAAUCUAGUUCAACUGAGGGAUCCUCCUCCUCUUGCUAAUCCACCAUUUUGGUACAAGGCGGAUGCUCGCUAUGCUUUCCACAAGAAUGCUCCUGGUCAUACUGUGGAAAAUUGUGACCCUGUCAUGAAUGAAGUACAGAAACUGGUCCGAAGCAAUAUGAUCACCUUCAAAGAUGUCAAUCCUAUUGUUCAAGUUAAUUCACUGCCCAACCGUGAGACUGUCAAUGCAAUCCAGACUCAAUCCAGUUAUGAAUACAUACAUGAUGUUCGUGAAUCAACUCGAUCUUUGGUGCAAAUGCACAUUGUAUUCUGUGGACUCAAUUGUUUUCCUCCUCAUAAUUACAGUGCUUGUUCAAUUUGUUCAAACUCCAUUCACGGAUAUGGAACUGUAAUCGAGGAUCUUCAGAAACUGUUGGAUAGAGGAAUCAUCAGUAUAUCAAGAAAGAAGAGAAAUGAAGAAGCUCAUUUUGUUAAUAUGGUGCAUAGAUGCCCUAGAAGAAUUUGUUUUGUAAAUUCCCGAGGUUGUUUUCAAGUCAGAGGAGAAAUUCAAAAGAUGUUGGAUGAGAGGACUCUCCACAUUACCUAUGAAAGAGAUUAUGACAACAUUAAUAUGGUGAUUGCUGAGUUCCCAGUCCCCGAAGUUAUGGAGAUGUCUUAUGAUAGUCAAAACAUGGCUGUCAUUCCUCUCACAAUUCAAAUGUCAAAGCCAUUUCCUUACAACUCAACUACUACUAUUCCUUGGAGAUAUGGUGCUACUAUCAUAACAGGGGAAGAAGAAGUUCGUUCUGGUCCUGAGACUACUAUUGUGAACAUUGCUGAUACGAGCCGUAUGACUCGAAGCAGCCGUUUGUUUGCACCAAUUCCUCAUAAGCCAAGAAAUAAUUUGUCUGUACAAAUCCCUCCUCAGAAGGAUGUGCCUAGGAAGGAGCCUAUUAUUACGGAGCCUAUCUUUGAGACUAAAGGCAAUGAUGUAGAAGAGUUCCUGAAUCUAAUUAAGAAGAGGGACUACAUGGUGGUUGACCAGCUCCUUCAGACACAAUCAAAGAUAUCCCUGUUGGCCCUAUUGGUACAUUCAAAAGCUCAUUGGAUUGCACUAAUGAAGGUUCUAAAGCAAGCCUACAUUGAACAAGAUGCAACCCUCGAGCAGUUUGAUAAUGUUGUUUCCAACAUCACCGUCAACAAUGUAUUGAGCUUUAGUAAAGAGGAACUUCCCCUAGAAGAACUGGAGCACAAUCAUGCCCUACACAUCAACAUGAAAUGUGGAGAAGAUACCCUGACAAAUGUGCUAGUUGAUACAGGUUCAUCCUUGAAUGUCACGCCCAGAAGCACCUUAGAAAGACUGUCCUAUCAAGGGGCAACUAUAAGGCUGAAUGGGAUUAUUGUGAAAGCCUUUGAUGGUUCAAAGUGCACUAUAAUAGAUAUUUCUCCCGCUUACAACUGUUUGUUGGGAAGACCCUGGAUCUAUAGUGCUGGAGCUGUCACUUCCACCCUUCAUCAGAUGCUGAAGUUUGCUGUGAAAGACAAGUUGAUUACUGUUUAUGGAGAAUAA